UUUUUUUUAAAGAAACCCUCGCGUCCUCCCUUCAUCAUUCACACCGGUGCAGGUUCUGUAAGUGUCGCUUCAUUGACGCCGCCGGUGCGUCUGCUCAGCGGUCUGAUUUGCGUGGUCCUGUCCAGCGAUGAGCCCAGAGCCGCUGCUAGGACCGGGAGAGAGAAUCGGGUACACGCCAGGUACUCGGGACCUCUAAAGUACAGAGACUGAAUGUUCCCUCCCUGCUCAGUCAUGUGACUGACCUGGCUCUUCCAUUUUACGGUGGGAUCUUUUCCUCCUCAUACUGACUAACCCAGCCUGCCCCGUUCUCACCAUGAGAGUUCUGACCUCCGUGCCCUCAUACUGGCGCUGCCGUCGUGCCGCAUGAGCGCCUCCCUCCCCUCCAGCAGUUACUGCACGGAAUGGCCUCUCUGGACCUGCCAUACCGCUGUCCUCGCUGCGGGGAGCACAAGCGCUUCCGAAGCCUUUCGUCACUACGAGCCCACCUGGAGUACAACCACACAUACGAGACCCUUUAUGUCCUCUCCAAGUCCAACAGUGUAUGUGACGCCGCCGCUCUGCUGCCCCUAGUGGCCGAGGGAGCUCUCCUCACGCCCGCCAACAACAACGACCCCUUCGAAGCGCUCCGGCCUUCGGCUCUGAAGGAGCGCCACUUUCCCUGCAGGGAGCUUCCCUGUGCCGACGACCUCAGCUUGACCCCAGCUAACUCCAACUCCGAGGCCAGGUACAUUCCUAAUGUGGAGUUCCCCCUGGGGGAGAUCUUCAUGAAGAAAGCGAUGACAUCCACGGAUCCAGGCAGCCAUGGAAACCCCAGCACUGCUGUGGCUGUGGCUGCGAAUGUGGCUGCCAGUGCUGUAGAGGCGGCUUAUGAGGAGGGCCUGGCGAGGCUGAAGGCGCGGGCGUUCGAGCGGCUGGAGCUGGACGAGAGGCUGGAGAAGUUGUCGGAGGAGGUGGAGCAGAAAAUAGCGGCCCGUGUAGGCCGUCUCCAGGCGGAGCUGGAGAGGAAGAGCUCUGAGCUGGAGAGGGCCAAGCAGGAGAGCGAGCGGCUGAGCCAGGAGAAACAGGACCUGGAGGACAAGGCCUCUGAGCUCUCUCGGCAGGUGGACGUCUCCGUGGAAAUGCUGGCCAACCUCAAGCAGGAUCUGGUGAACAAGGAGGCAGAGCUAAACCACAAACAGCAGGAGGUUUCCCAGAUUGACCAGUUCCUUCAGGAGACGGCGGCGCGGGAAGCCAAUGCUAAGGUCCGCCUGCAGCAGUUCAUUGAGGAGCUUCUGGACCGAGCUGACCGUGCUGAGAAACAGCUGCAGAUCAUCAGCAGCUGUGGCACCACACCGAACGGCAGCUUAGGACGCUGCAGUCUGCAGGCCUCGAAGGGCACUGGGCGCCAGAGAAAUUCCAGCCUCUCUGGGAGCACAAGAGGAAUGUACCAAGUAUCAGAGAGACGAUCUUCUCCCAGCACAGGAGCAUCAGGGAGGAUAAAGUCUGUCUCCCAGGGUUCUGGAGGUUACGACAGCGACAGCGUCGAGAUGCAUCCUAUGGAGGAUUGUCCCGAGGCGCAGUACUAUCACAUGCAGUGCCGCAUGGGUGAGGGUGGCUACGAGCGCUCCCCGGGAUGUGGAUCUAGAAACUGGGGUCUUCGCAAGCAGGCCAUUCAGAACUGGCAGCGGCGACCGUACAGGAACAGCACCGAGGGUGAGGAGGGGGACGUGUCGGACGUGGGCUCGCGGACCACCGAGUCUGAAGUGGAGAUGUGGGAGCAAGAGCGGAGAGCCGUGGCUGAGGUUCAGCAGUCUGCAGUACCCUAUACUCACCACAGCAGGGCAGCGUAUCGCCCUAACACGGGUCGGUCUGAUGUGGUUUACAGCAAGCCGUGCCGCCAUGAAAAGAGCCCAUCGAAAUCCAAUGAGGUGAUAAGUCCAGAGAUCCUGAAGAUGCGUGCAGCGCUCUUCUGCAUCUUUACCUACCUGGACACCAAAACCCUCCUGAAAACCGCCGAGGUUUGCCGCAACUGGAGGUUCGUGGCCCGACACCCAGCUGUGUGGACCAGAGUGCUGCUGGAAAACGCUCGCAUUUCUUCCAAGUUUUUGACCACAUUGUCUCAGUGGUGCACUCAGACGCACUCCCUCAUUCUCCAAAACCUUAAACCAAGGCAGCGAGGCAAGAAAGAAUCCAAGGAGGACUACCUUAAAAGCACACGUGGCUGUCUUGAGGAAGGUUUGGAGGCGUUGUUAAAGGCCACAGGAAGUAACCUGCUGAUACUAAAGAUUUCACACUGUCCCAACCUGCUGACUGAUCGCUCCCUAUGGUUGGCCAGCUGCUACUGCCGUGCCCUCCAGGCCGUAACCUAUAGGAGCGCCACAGAUCCAGUUGGCCAGGAGGUUAUCUGGGCCCUUGGCGCAGGGUGCAGAGAUAUUAUUUCUCUGCAGGUGGCGCCCCUACAUCCAUGUCAACAACCAGCACGUUUCAGUAACCGAUGCCUGCAGACGAUUGGAAGAUGCUGGCCACAUCUCCGUGCUCUUGGUGUGGGUGGAGCUGGAUGUGGGAUUCAGGGACUCGCCUCACUGGCGAGAAACUGCAUGCGCCUGCAGGUGUUGGAGUUGGACCAUGUGAGCGAAAUCAACCAGGAGGUGGCAGCAGAGGUUUGCAGGGAGGGUCUGAAGGGUCUGGAGAUGUUGGUGCUUUCAUCCACACCGGUCACCCCUAAAGCCUUGCUCCACUUCAACAGUGUUUGCCGCAACCUGAAAUCCAUCGUGGUUCAGAUUGGUAUAGAAGACUACUUUGAGGACCCCAACAGCCCAGAAGCCAGAAAGCUGUUUGAUGAAAUGGUUAACAAGCUGCAGGCUCUAAAGAAGAGACCGGGUUUCUCCAAAAUUCUCCAUGUGAAAGCAGACAUCCUCUGCUAACAUCCUUUGUGCAGGUUGCUGGAGAGUGCGACCACAGUAUGAGUUGAUCCGCAGGACGCAGGUAGCUUGAGCCCACCUCUUGGUGGCUAGAUGCAUUUGGAGCACAAGAAACAGAACCAAGAAAGAUCUUAUUGAUGAAUAAAGGUCCAGGAUUACCAAGUAUAUUUUACUAAAUAAAAAUCAUAAAACAGAACCAGAUUUGAUGAAAAUGUGCUAAAUGUUGGUGAUCUUCAGUGGCAGUAGAUUCUCAACCAAGAGCCUGUAUAAACCUUACUAACUCAAGAAACACAGCUGCUUUCAAAACUGUCUCUCAUCCACAAUCUCUCUAAACGUGGAGCCACUUGGAGUGUCACACGCUGCAUUCUUACUUUCUGCAUCUGCAUUAUGCUUAAUGCAAGCUAGCUUUGACAUCAACUGCAGAAACAAGAUGGGGAACGUGUGUAUUUUCCACAGAUGCCCAUCAAGCUUCUGUUUUCACAAGAGGUUGAGGCAUUUUUUUCCUAAAGAUUUGUAACAGGAGCUUUAUGCUUAGGUGUGAUGUUGAGGAAAUAAAUGCUUAUUGUACUCUGUCCCCAAAACUUGCCAAAUCCAAGGGUUUGAACAUGCACUGCUUCCAAGCCCUGCAGAAAGGGUGGAGGGCUCCCGCCCUGCAACACACAGACCAUGUUAUCUUGAAAGUGCAUGGUAGCGCUGGGUUUUGCCUCCAGUACCAUCCUCUGCUUCCUUGUAUGAGAAUAUCCAUGUCAGCCAAACUGGAUUCAGUGUUUAUGAACUUUGUUGUAAUCUCUGGACCUGUUUGCGUCAGAGGACAGUUUGGAGUAUAGUAAGUCGCUGGUGCAUUUUGUAGCGACGUUCAUCUUUAUUCCAGUAUUCCCUUCUCCGGUGUGCCAAUUAUAAAAGGAUGAGACACCAGGCAAGUCACCAGUGUCCCUACUGGACCCAAGUUUGCUGUGAGCAGAAGCAGCUCAAACUGAAUAUAAAGUGUUGUGUUUCCUAUAAAGCAAAUUAUCCAGGUGUGUACAGGUGUUAUAGUGUUUGUAUUCAUACUGAACAGUGCCAUUUGCAUCACAGGGGCUAUUCUCUUCAUUUUAAUUAAUUAGGUGACAUCCUCCGACCCUCUUCUGAUGUUUUCUUCCACCCAGUAUCACAGCUAGGGUGAAGAGAGCUGACCCCUGUACAUUAAGGGAUCCGGGGCAAGUAUUAUGCUUCAGGUCUUCAGGACUUCCCUUCAAGUUAUAAAAUUGAUUUGGCAGGAAUUUAGCCAGACUUUGAUUAGCUGUAUUGUCUUUUUGGGUUAAAGACAGCACUGCUCUACACAUUUUCUGAUUCCAGUGCCGCUUUACUAAAGUGGAACAACAAGCCCGUUGAUCUGAUGGCUCUGUCUUGAGCUCAAAGUUUCGGAUGUUAGAGGUGUGUGUGUUUGCCAGGCCUUAAAAAGGAUUCACUGUUUUAUUUGAUAGAAUGUAAUCCCUACUUCGGACCAAAAAUGUUUUGCAUUCUGGUGCACUGAUUUCUCCUUAUCUCUAACUUUAAUAAUGUGCAAUAUUUUAUCAUUCUCUAAAACAUGCACAAAAUCUGAUUACAGAUUGAAAUGAAAUCACUUUACAGGAUGAACAUAACAGUCCUUCCCAUUCGUUUGCUGCAGGUUACGGAGACGGUUCUAACAUAAUAUUUACAAGUGUGAAAUUUGCAUGACAUUUGCAAAAACUUAUGGGGCUAUGAUAGAUGUUUUGACUUAUUUUCGGGGGCGGGGGUUGUUAAUAAAACAUUUUAGCUCAUUAUUUCAAACAUUUGAGCUUUGGAUAUCAGAUAAAUGAGAUGAUAGCAAAAUCAAGCCCAUGGUCUCAUUAUCUCAAGAUAAUGGUAUGAUGAAACGGUUAACAUAACUGCCAUAUCUUAAGCACAACGUAUCCCAAGACAUUUUUCUCUGCAUAGUAGAAUCAAAAAUGUUUAAUGAGAAGUGAGUUUAAAAUCUCGUUACUGACAAAAUAAAGACAAGAAAACUGUUACUGCAAGCUUGAAAUUUUAUUAUCUUUAGAUAAUGAGACAAGGAAACCCCAAUCUUUAAAAAAAAAAAAACUUUCU